CCAAGUCAAGAGUCCUGCAGAUCCUCAUCUGUGUUAUAAAUUGAAUUUCAUUAUGGACAUCCUUGCAACACUUUGAAGCUUUUAACUCUGCAUAUUGAUGAAAUGACAUUUACCGUAUACAAGUGUUGCGUAACUUCUUUACAUUUUGGUGUGACAAUGUGGAGGAGAUGGUUAUUAUUGCUUUAAGAAAAAGCUUCUAGUCUAAUAUUUCCUGCAUGUGGGUGUUGAUUGAAUGGAGCCCCUGGAUGCUGUGUCACACACGUCAUUGCAGUUCCCCUUUGAAUCUUUUUUGUCAUAUUGUCUGUUUUUUGAGUUGACCUAUGAAACUCUGCUCCUGAUAUGCAUCAGGCUGGAUCAUCUUCCCGAGAGGACUCAUAUACAGGAGCAGUAAUCACUGAUGAUGUCUCCAACUUCUUGUCUUCACCCACUACUGUUUGGAUUCGGCCUUCAGAGCAGAGUUCCAGUCAUUUGUUAAACAUGGUUCUAGAAAACAUCAAGCCACACUGAUUAUGCGAAACUUUAAGAGUCUUCUGUUGUAAAUUGUGAAAAAUGAAGUUCAAGUUGUUUUGAUGAGAUGAGACUUCUGGAAUUAUUAUCUGCAGUUUGUGAAAUUGAGAUUCGUUCCACUUUUAAGAGGAUGAUACAAGAUACGUAGUUGGUGACUUGUGAUCAUGAUUUCAACAGUGAGUGAACCCUGGAAGCACUGUCUCAUCUCGGUAAUCUCAGCCGCUUUCUGAGUCUGUUUUGAGUAAUACUGCAGUAAUGUGCAUGUAGCUUCAAGUCAACUGUUGUUUAUGAGGACUAUAACUUAGGGAUCAUUGAGGACGACAGGAGAAACAAUGAGUAUAUUUUUGUUAUGUUUUUUUGUUAUUACCAGAGGUAGCCUAACAGUAUUCUAUUUCAGUAUCUCUGCAAGGCAAAUUGCCAGUUCUCCCAAGUUGUGCCUCAACGCCUAGCUGCUGUUACAUUACCUUAUGGACUCUGAAAUUAGUCUAAACAGACUCUGUUAAAGUCGUUCUUGGGAAUAAAUAAUGCCGUGUGAUCCACAGCAAACAAGUGUCAACAAAAUCCAGUAUCUUCAUCCUCUUCUAACUUAUAAUUUUACUGAUUCUGCUCACAACUCUUAACAUUCAGUUUCUAUCAAAACUUUGAUGUUAAUAUUUUAGUGUUGCAGUUGCCUGCAGCCUCCCUAAACUCAAACGCGCUCCAUUUACAGCCUUCAGUAUUCCAUUGUGGACACUGGACAACCAAGCUAUGUUCAAUGCUAAUGCAUUUCAUCUUGGUCUUUGACUACGCCAUCAUCACUUCAAGCAAAUGCUCAAGAUUUUUUUUCUCGCAGGUAUUUUAAACAGCUUUGAGCAUCUGACCUUUUCCCAGAGAUAUACUUCCGAGAAGCAUUUUGAAGAAAUUAGUCUCGGGCUGCGAGAGUGCCAAAGUGUUUAUUUUUACGUCUGACAUUCUUUGGAGAAUACCCUCGGAGCUAACUCGCGUCAUGAAAAUCCCUCUGAAAUCCUCAGAGUUUUCACAUUUACAUCACUCUGUAGCCUUGUUUGAGUCAUCAUCAACAUUGGUGAAAUUGAGCAGCAGUACCCAAGACAGUUGCAGCAACUUUUCAGCAUUCAUGUACUUGUGUGUUUUUUAAGAGAAUAUCUUCACAGCUCUUUGCUGCACAUGCUUCAUGCUCGCACAUAAAUGAGUCUGACAGAGUCAGGAGUUCAAGUCUGUGCGCUGUCUGAGUUGGGCUAUUAAUUAUAGAAACAGCUCAUCUUUAUCCACCUGUACGGCAAAUGAGGAUCUGUCUUUCAGGCAGUUAACAUGAACAGUGCAAUGUCUUCUCGUACUCUCAAGGAGUUUUAUUCUUAAAUCUUCUCUUCUCUAAAACUUUGCCGUUUCCUAUAUUUUAAGUAUCGGCUUCUUAGCUUGACAGUUUUUAUAACUUGAUCAAGGAAUUGGCCUUUUUGGUGAAUUUAUUCGCCUCAUCAAUUCCAACCCAACUGGGAAUUUUGUACCAAUUGCGAGCCAUAAGGUAUUCUACUUGGAGGCAGCAUUGACCAGCUCUGUAAUCUGGCAUGCCAGGGGUCUGCCCAUUUCUGGAUGAACACCCGGACUUGUUUCUCCUUCUCAUGGUGUUAAUUGUUGCUUUGUAUGCUGCAUACUACGGAAUUUCUUGCAUUAUUGUUCAUCUUCUGUCUCUAACAGGUAAGCCGAGACUGAGAAAGCCACACGACAGCCGCCGACAUGACGGAGAGGGGAGAGAUUAAAAUCUUGGAGACUGCGGAUGACAUCCAGGAACGUCGGUUCCAGGUCAUCCACCAUUAUGAGGAGUUCAAGAGACUCGCUAAGGAGAGGCGCGAGAAGUUAGAAGCCGCAAGACGCUUUCAGUUCUUCAAGCGGGAUGCCGACGAGUUGGAGACAUGGAUUCUUGAGAAACUGCAGACAGCUUCGGACGAAAGCUUUAGAGAUCCUGUAAAUUUACAGGAUGUAAGACACCUUAGAAAUCUUAAGGGCAAGCUGCAGAAGCAUCAGGCUUUCGAGGCUGAAGUGAUUGCCCACAGCAACGCCAUAGAGCAACUUGACGACUGCGGUAAUGCCAUGAUACAAGAAACACACUUUGCCUCUGAUGUCAUCGAGGCACGACUGAUUGAGCUUCAUCGUCUGUGGGACCUGCUACUGUCCAAACUCCGUGAGAAGGGUAUCAAACUCCUCCAGGCACAGAAACUUGUUCACUUCCUCAGAGAAUGGGAAGAAGUCAUGUUCUGGAUCCGAGACAAGGAAACCUUUGCCUCCUCCGUGGAAACCGGACUGGACUUGGAACACGUUGAAGUCCUCCAGAAGAAAUUUGACGAAUUCCACAAGGAUCUGACGGCGCACGAGGACCGCGUGUCCGAUGUCAACUCUGAGGCCAACACUUUACUCUCUGAGGAGCAUCCUGAGAGUGAGACCAUUCGCUCUAAGCAGGAGGAGAUGAAUGAGGCAUGGGAGCAUCUUAAGAGACUUGCCAUCAUCAGACAGGAGAAACUCUUUGGAGCUAUGGAGAUACAGCGCUUCAACAGGGAUGCUGAUGAGACAAUCAGCUGGAUCAGCGAGAAAGAUUCCAUCUUGUCUUCAGAUGACUACGGUCGGGACUUGGCCAGCGUGCAGGCGCUUCAACGCAAACACGAUGGCAUCGAGCGAGAUCUCAACGCCUUGGAAGAGAAGGUGACAUGUCUGUGCCAAGAGGCAGACCGCCUGGAGCAGAUCCACACUGACCAUGCCCCCGAGAUCCAAUCCAAACGAGAUGAGAUUGCCAACAACUGGCAGAACCUACGCACCAAGGCCGACGAGCGUCGCAUUCGCUUGGAGGAAUCCAACAAACUGCAGCGGUUUGUUGCCGACUACCGUGACCUGAUUACCUGGGUGCAUGACAUGAAGGCAUUGAUCAGCGCUGAUGAGCUGGCUAAGGAUGUACCAGGUGCCGAGGCACUGAUGGAACGUCACCAGGAACACAAGGGAGAAAUUGAUGCCCACGAUGACAACUUCCGAGCUUGUGCAGAUGAAGGCCAAGAGCUGGUCGACACACAACACCCCGCUACCGAUGAGGUCAAGGAAAAGCUUGUGAACCUUGCUGAGGAGAAGAGAAGCCUAGAGCUGCUAUGGGAAGAGCGACGUGUACAGUACGAGCAGUGUAUGGAUUUACAGCUAUUCUAUAGAGAUACUGAACAAGCCAACACAUGGAUGGCCAAACAAGAGGCUUUCCUGAGCAAUGAAGAUCUUGGUGACUCCAUCGAUUCAGUCGAGGCGUUGAUCAAGAAACACAACGACUUCGAAAAGUCUCUCAAUGCACAGGAGGAAAAGAUCAAGGCCCUUGAUGACUUUGCCACCAAACUGAUUGAGAGCGACCACUAUGCCUCAGAAGAUGUGAGAAGGCGUCGUGAUGAGUUGAUUAAACGUCGUGAGGAGCUGAUCGAGAAAGCAAACGCUCGCCGCCGUCUUCUUGAGGACUCCUAUCGCUACCAGCAGUUUGACCGAGAUGCUGACGAGGUGGAAGGCUGGAUCCGAGAAAAGCUUAAACAGACUUCUGAUGAAUCCUACAGGGAUCCUACCAACCUGACCGGCAAGCACCAGCGCCACCAGGCCUUCGAGUCUGAGCUGAGUAUUAAUCAAGCUCGUAUUGACUCAGUCCGUGAUCAGGGUGAGGAGAUGAUUGCUGAGGAGCACUAUGAGUCGCCUGAGAUUGAGCGCCGUCUUGCUGAGCUGAACGAGCUGUGGAGUGGAUUGAUUACUCAGACAGAGACUAAGACUGUUCGUCUUCAGGAAGCUACCCAGGCCCUUGCUUACAGUCUCAAUGUUGCUGAGAUCCAAUCCUAUGUGACUGAGAUGGAUGGACUCCUGCAGUCUGACGACCCUGGAAAGGAUAUCGGAACUGUACAAUCCAUGCAGAAGAAGGUUGUUGAGAUGGAGAACCAGCUUGGACAGCUUGAAGAGCGUAUCGUAGCGUCACAGACACAGAGCCAGCAGUUUGCCCAGGCUGGUCACUUCGAUCGGGAAACCAUCGUUGAGAAGGAAGUCGUCCUGACACAGCGCUACCAGGCCCUGCAGGCACCACUGCUUGCCCGCAAGAAGAAGCUAGAUGACUCUUAUCGCUUCCACCAAUUCCUUCGAGACAUCGACGACGAAGAAGCCUGGAUCCGGGAGAAGGAACCCAUUGCUGGAUCUACCAACAGAGGCCGGGACCUGAUCGGUGUCCAGAACCUGAUUAAGAAACACCAGGCUCUGCAAACAGAGAUUUCUGGUCAUGAGCCCAGGAUCACUUCCGUCUGUAAGAUCGGCCGGGAGAUGGUUGAUGAAGAACACUUCAACUCCGAGGAGAUAGCGUCCAAAGUGAACAACUUGGAGGAGAAAUGGCAGAACCUGAAGGACAAGACGGCCAAGCGUAAGGAUGACUUAGAUGACUCUCUGGAGGCCCAGCAAUACUUUGCUGAUGCUAACGAGGCAGAAUCAUGGAUGAAAGAGAAGGAACCAAUUGUCACUAGUGAAGACUAUGGCAAAGAUGAGGACACUGCUGAGUCUCUGUUGAAGAAACAUGAAGCAUUGCAAUCUGAUCUGAGAGCCUACCAUUGGACCAUUGAGAACCUCGCUAAGCAGGCCGAAGAGUGUCGGCAACAAGAGGUUCCAAUCAGCGAUGAGGCUGGUAAGGAGUGCGUCGUUGCUCUCUAUGACUACACUGAGAAGAGCCCAAGAGAGGUUUCCAUGAAGAAGGGCGAUAUCUUGGUCCUCCUCAACAGCAGCAACAAGGACUGGUGGAAGGUUGAGGUGAACGACCGUCAGGGUUUCGUACCAGCGGCCUACGUCAAGAAGAUUGACCCCGCCCAGAGUGCAUCCCAAGCUAACCUUGCCGAAGAGGAUGGCAGCAUCAAAGCCAGACAAUCUCAAAUUGAGAAACAAUACGAUGACCUGCUGCAGAAUGCUGACGUCCGUAAAGACAAGUUGGAGGAAUCCUGCAAGCGUCACAUGCUCCUCAGAGAGGCUAAUGACCUCAUGCAAUGGAUCAAAGACAAGGAAGCAAUUGUGACUGCAUCUGAGGUGGGAGAGGACUUGGAGCAAGUCCAGAUCCUACAGAAGAAGUUUGAUAACUUCCAAAAGGAUCUUACUGCCAACGAGGGCCGCCUUGAUGAAAUCAACGAUACAUCUAAAGAGCUGACGACUGAACAGAGCCCAGAAUCAGAGGUGGUUCAUCGUCGUGUCUAUGAGUUGAAUGAGCGCUGGAAGGCACUACAGCGCUUGACCGAGGAGCGGAGCCAGAAUCUUGGAACUGCCCAUGAAGUCCAACGCUUCUUCAGAGACGCUGAUGAGACCAAGGAUUGGAUCAAUGAUAAGAACAAGUCUCUGAACACGGAGAACUUUGGACAUGAUCUUCACAGUGUACAGGCAUUGCAGCGUAAACACCAGGGUCUGGAAAGAGACCUCAAUGCUCUCGGACACCAGGUGAACAAGCUUGAUGAGACGGCAACCAGACUGAUACAGACUCACCCAGACCAAGCUGAGCCAAUCACUGAGAAGUGUCAGGAGAUCGAUGCUGCAUGGAACAACCUACAGCAGAGAGCCAAUGAUCGCAAGAACAAGCUGACGGAUUCCUACGAUCUCCAGCGCUAUCUGAGCGACUACCGUGAUCUCAUGUCGUGGAUCAGCAGCAUGAAGACACUGGUCUGUAGCGACGAGUUGGCUAAGGAUGUCACUAGUGCGGAGGCUCUUCUUGAGCGUCACCAGGAGCUUCGUUCUGAGAUUGAGGCCCGCGCCGGAUCCUUCCAGAACUUUGAGGCGUUUGGCACCCAGCUUCUGCAGAAUAACCACUACGCUAGCCCAGAGAUUCAAGAGAAACUCGACACGCUCCAGAAGGAGAGAGAGAUGCUUGACAAAGAAUGGACCAACCGUCGUGUCAAGCUGGAUCAAUGUCUUGAGUUGCAGCUGUUCCUUCGUGACUGCGAGCAAGCCGAGGCAUGGAUGGCAUCUCGAGAAGCGUUCCUUGCCAGCGAGGACAUCACAGGCUCACUGGACGGUGUAGAAGCUCUCAUCAAGAAGCAUGAAGACUUUGAUAAAGCCAUCAGCGCACAGGAGCAGAAGAUUAACACUCUGCAGUCCUUUGCUGAUCAGCUGAUCAAUGCUGAUCACUACGAUGGACCGUUCAUCGCCGAUAAACGGGACCAGGUUAUUGAGAGGUGGAAUUCCCUGAAGGCAGCCUUGAUUGACAAACGAUCCAAACUCGGUGAGUCUCACACCCUUCAACAAUUCAGCCGUGAUGCCGAUGAGGUAGAGGCCUGGAUCACAGAGAAGAUCCAAGUGACUACUGACGAGUCGUACCUGGAUCCAACCAACAUCCAGAGCAAACACCAGAAACACCAGGCUUUCGAGGCUGAGGUGGCUGCUAAUGCUGAACGCAUCCAAGCUGUGAUGGCCGUUGGACAGAGACUGAUUGACAACCAUCAGUGCAUUGGUAGUGAAGAUGCUGUGCAGUCUCGCAUUGUCAGCAUCGGUGACCAAUGGGAGUUCCUCGUCACUAAGUCUUCUGCGAAAGCAGACAAACUUAAAGAAGCCAACAAGCAACAGACGUUCCACAUCAGCAUCAAGGAUAUUGACUUCUGGCUCAGUGAAAUUGAGGCUGGCCUGUCCUCUGAUGAUAUUGGUCGUGAUCUGACGUCAGUGCAAUACCUACUCAAGAAACACACACUGCUUGAAGACGACAUCGCUGCUCAUGAGGAUCGAAUCAAGGAUCUGAAUUCCCAAGCUGAUGCUUUCAUCGAAGCUGGACAUUUUGACCCCGAUGCUAUUCGUGAGAAAAAAGAGAACAUCAAUGUCCGCUACUCCAAAGUUACUGAACUUACCUUGUUGCGUCGUGAGAAACUCAACGAAUCUCACCGUGUCCAUCAAUUCUUCAGAGACAUUGACGAUGAGGAAGCUUGGAUCAAGGAGAAGAAACUGCUGACCAGUUCUGAUGAUUAUGGCCGUGAGCUGACCGGAGUCCAGAAUCUACGCAAGAAACACAAGCGUCUGGAGGCUGAGAUUGGUGGACAUGAGCCAGCUAUCCAGGCUGUUGACGACGCCGGUGCCGUGUUAAUGGAGAACAUUGAGGCCGUCCAAGACUCUGGUAGCACCUUGAUGCAGGAAUGUGAGCUGAACAGAGAUGGUGUUCAGCAACGUCUGGACCAACUCGCUUACAACUGGGAUGAGCUUAAGAACCUAGCCCAGGAUCGUGGGAAGAAGCUGAACGAGUCUCUUGCUUACCAGGAGUUCCUGGCCAGUGUUGAAGAAGAAGAGGCUUGGGUUAAUGAGAAACAGAACUUGUUGUCUAGUGAAGACUAUGGAGAUACUCUGGCUGCUGUACAGGGUCUGCAGAAGAAGCACAAAGCCUUUGACAUGGACUACCAUGUGCAUCAGGAACGCGUUGCUGACAUCAAACGUCAAGGGGAGACUCUGAUUGAGGCGGAGAACCACAAUACUGAGGCUGUGGAGCAGCGUAUCGACUCCCUCCAGAAGAGGUUCGAUGAGUUGGGUCAAGCCGCUCAGCGCCGUAAGGCCAAGCUGGAUGAGAACUCUGCCUUCCUGCAGUUCAUCUGGAAGGCUGAUGUUGUGGAGUCGUGGAUCGGAGACAAGGAGAGCAUGGCUCGCUCUGAUGACUACGGACGGGACUUGUCCUCAGUGCAGACUCUACUCACCAAACAGGAGACCUUUGAUGCUGGUCUUCAGGCCUUUGAGAAGGAAGGUAUCUCUCAGAUCACUAUCUUGAAGGAUCAAUUGGUGGCUGCCAGUCACGUACAGACACCUGCCAUUCAGCAACGUCAUGCCAACCUCAUCGCCAGGUGGGAGAAGCUGCUGUCUGAUUCCAACAACCGUCGCCAGCGUCUUCUGAGAGCGCAGGAGCAAUACCGUGAGGUUGAGGAUCUGUUCCUCCUCUUCGCCAAGAAGGCGUCCGCUUUCAACAGCUGGUUUGAGAACGCUGAGGAGGACUUGACUGACCCUGUACGCUGUAACUCCGUGGAGGAAAUCAAGGCUUUGAAAGAAGCCCAUGAUGCCUUCACUGCAUCCCUGAGCAGCGCCCAGAACGAUCUGAAACAACUUGCUGCCCUGGACAAACAAAUCAAGAGCUACAACGUCACAUCCAACCCGUACACCUGGUUCACCAUGGAGGCACUUGAGGAGACCUGGCGUAACCUCCAGAGGAUCAUCCGAGAGCGAGAGGUAGAGCUGAACAAAGAGAUGGAACGCCAGGAGGAGAACGAUCGCUUCCGUAAGCAGUUCGCCCAGCUGGCUAACACCUUCCACUCAUGGCUCACUGAAUCCAGGGUUGCUAUGGUGGAGGAAUCUGGCAAUCUGGAGAACCAACUGGAGAACCUCAAACAAAAGAUCAUUGAGGUUCGAUCCCAGAAGAGUCAAUUGAAGAAGAUUGAAGAUCUAGGAGCAAAGAUGGAGGAGAGACUCAUUCUGGAUAACCGUUACACUGAGCACUCGACUGUUGGACUUGCUCAGCAAUGGGAUCAGUUGGAUCAGCUUGGUAUGCGUAUGCAGCAUAAUCUGGAACAACAGAUACAGGCCAGGAACACAACUGGAGUUAGCGAAGAGUCUCUGAAGGAGUUCAGCAUGAUGUUCAAGCAUUUCGACAAGGAUAAGACAGGUUUCUUGGAGCACAAGGAAUUCAAGUCUUGCUUGAGAUCCCUCGGCUACGACCUUCCCAUGGUGGAGGAAGGUCAAGAAGAUCCAGAGUUCCAGUCUAUCCUUGACAUAGUGGAUCCAAACAAAGACGGAGUUGUGUCCCUCCAAGAGUACAUGACGUUUAUGAUCAGUCGAGAGACGGAGAACGUACACUCUAGAGACGAGAUUGAGAAUGCCUUCCGGGCUCUCAGCUCCGAGGGUAAACCAUUCGUCACCAAGCAUGAACUGUAUGCGAAUCUACCAACCCAGCUGGCAGAGUACUGCAUCCUCCGCAUGGAACCCUACCGCGACGCAAAGGGUCGUGAACUACCCGGCGCCCUCAACUAUGUCAAAUUCAGCUCGGACAUGUUCCAGAACUAACACCGCGCGUUCGGUGUCUGCUCCCCCGGUGGGUUCAGAUACUGACAGAUUUCAAUUUAUUGCACCUAGUUGUAGUUUUAGAUUCACCUUUUCCGUUUGGAAUGAUGUAUUCUUUGUUAGCAUCAAUUACUCAACGAUUGUAGUACUUAUGGGCGCUGCAUGUCUAUCCUGCAAAUAACUGGUGUAUAACAAUGCUCUUCGUUUGUAAACAACAGAGAGUGCUUUGUAUUUCUUCUGGGAGUUGUACUUGAAUUAUUGUAACAAUUGGUACUAAUAAUUAUUGAAAACUGUUGUAUGGAAUUGAUGUAGUCAUUUAAUGUGAAUGAAGUGAUAAAUGGUUAACGCCUAUUGCAGUGUUAUUUGCAAUGAAUUCAAGUUGGAAACAUUUUGGUAGAGGCAAAAGUAUUUCAAAUAAUUGUAACAAUUGGUACUAAUCACUAUUGACAACUGUUGUAUGGAAUUGAUGUAGUCAAUUGAUGGGAAUGGAGUGAUAUCAAUGGUUGAUGACAAUUGCAGUGUAAUUUGCAAUGAUUUCAAAGUGGAAACUUUGUUGGUAGAAGCAAAAGUAUUUCUAAAUUGAUAUGUCAGUACUAUGGCUUUUGCAAUGUUUAAAAUAAUGAUUGAUAAAUAAUCAUUAGUGCAUUACACAUGUACUCAUCAAAGGCAUCUGGUAAUACUCAAAAUUGUAGUUAAUUAAAUAAGAAGAAGUAAUAUUGUGAAAUUUCAAGGUCGGGACAAAAACAAACAAAAUUGUCAAGGAGGAAAAGGUCUGCACAAUCUCUCUAACUUUUCAACUGAUAAUUUUACAUGGUAAAAGAUUUUGUGGGGUAAAAACAGGUUUUAAAGGUCUAAGAAUUGAUUGUUUAUGAAAAUUUUCCUUAAGGUUGUAUGUAGCAAGUGAAUUAAUCUUAAAUAGUACUAGUGUCACUUUAUUAUGGAUGGUGAAGUCUUAAACAUUCCUGGUGCGAUCCCCAAGUAUUCCUUGUCUUAUAAAAACUUAAAGAAGAAUUAAUAAGUCUCUUAAAAAGUCAAAA